GAGCAGCGUGUUGAAGACCAACAUCAGCUAUAUAGCAUUCUUUUGAUGGUUUUACUCUUUCUAUCCUUGCUUACUACUUUAACCGCUUGGCGAUUAAAAGUAAAACAAGUUCGAUUUCUGCAUGAAACUGGGUUAUCCAUGUUUUACGGAGGAGUGAUGGGAGUAUUAAUCAGGUAUACCAGUAUGCCAAGUGAAACUGCAAUUGCCUACACUUUCCCAAUCAACAUUACAAACAGAACAACCCCAUCGACAUUUUAUGUACAAGACAAUAAUAUUACCUAUGCUUACAAAUUGUCUGCAACUUACCGCAAUGAAACACCCGAAUUACCGAUAUCAGAACUCGUUGAUAGGGUGGGUUUCGAUCCGGAAGUAUUUUUUUAUGUGCUCCUUCCUCCAAUCAUAUUUUAUGCUGGUUAUGAUUUGAGACAAAAACACUUUUUUAGCAACUUUGGUUCCAUCCUGAUGUUUGCUGUGAUUGGCACCACCAUUUCUUGCUUUGUAAUUGGUGGCAUAAUGUAUGCUUUCGUUUCCAAAAUUCAAGUUAUAAAUGGCUUCGAUUUCAUCGAUUGCCUACUCUUUGGUGCGAUGAUUUCUGCUACUGAUCCUGUAACCGUCUUGGCAGUUUUUCACGAUUUACAUGUUGAUUCUAAGCUAUAUGUUCUGGUUUUUGGCGAAAGUGUCUUAAAUGAUGCAGUGGCUAUCGUUCUGUAUCGUUCCAUCUUGGCCUAUUCACCGUACUCUGCCGAAGGAGUAGAUACUUUUAAUGCUGCAGGUUUUUUUCGGUCGGUUGGGGUUUUUCUUGGUAUAUUUUUGGGUUCAUUUGCUAUGCACUUUACCAAACUAACUCGUAUUGGGAAAUAUCCAUUACUUGAAACCACCAUUUUCGCCAUGAUGUCAUACUCUACUUUUUUAGUUGCAGAAGCAAUGAAACUGACGGGCAUUGUUGCGAUCCUAUUUUGUGGAAUUAUCCAAUCUCAUUAUACACAUAAGAAUCUAUCUCUUGAAUCGCAGAAAAGAACCAAGCAGUUUUUUGAACUUUUGAACUUUAUUGCCGAAAAGUUCAUAUUCUCUUAUAUGGGACUUUCAGUUUUCGUUUUUCCCUAUCAUCGUUGGAAUAUUGGUUUUAUUAGUUUUGCAUUCCUUGCAAUCUUUGCUGGUCGCCUUUGUAAUAUUUAUCCUUUAAGUUUUAUUUUAAACAGAGUCCGACAAAAUAAAAUCAGCUGCAAUCUGCAGCAUAUGAUGUUAUUUGCAGGAUUACGCGGCGCUAUUGCAUUUGCCUUGGCUAUUCGUAAUACAUCGAGCGAAAGCCGUCAGCUAAUGUUUACCACUACAUUAAUGAUUGUCUUUGCCACAGUCAUUUUCAAUGGUGGGGGCACCGGGCAAAUGCUAUCGCUACUUAAAAUUCGGUAA